GCUGAAGAGGAGCCUGGCAAUACUCCGGAAGGAGAACAGGAUCGGGACCGACGAAGGCUCCGAUCUGCCGCUCGCCCACCUGCUAAAGGACGUGGACCCAGCCUCCAGGCCGCUGUUCGAGAACGCCAUCCUGAUGAGCAAGUUCACGGCAGCCGGCGGCCUGAAGCGGGAAACCAACGGCAACGGCUUCUCGCUGCGGGUGGAGGUCCCCAAGGCUCCCGACACGCACUACGGAAGAUCGUGGAGGCGCACGGGUGGCAUGAAGCUGCUGCAGAAGGUGACCAGGAAGGUCGAGCUGAUGAACAAUCUCGGGGGGGACAUCCGCGUGCAGUCUGGGUUGGAUAAG